AUGAAGCAAAACGUUUCGAACGGACGCAACUUUCUGUCGUCGGUGUGGUUUAUGCUGGUUUUGCUAGCAGCUGACACGCACCGUACAGCCGCUGCACGUUCGGCUAGGGCAGGUUUUCAAGUGGACAGUGAAGAUGGACGUUUGUCUGUACCGGAGCUGGUGUCAAAGUACGGAUACGACGUGGAGGAACACUCGCUUAACACGGAGGAUGGUUACCGGUUGACGUUGCAUCGUGUACAGAGUCCUGGCAGCACGAAUGGAACGGUCGUGCUGCUGAUGCACGGUCUGCUGUGCAGCUCGGCCGACUGGCUAAUGAUCGGCCCGGGUAAUGCACUUGCCUACCUUCUGGCGGACCAGGGCUAUGACGUCUGGUUGGGGAAUGCCCGAGGAAAUCGAUACUCGCGCAACCACGACUCGAUCAACCCGGACGAUAAUUCCUUCUGGAAAUUUUCCUGGCACGAAAUCGGGCGGUACGAUAUCCCGGCCACGAUCGACUACAUACUCGACAGCACCGGACACCGGCGUUUGCAGUACAUUGGUCACUCCCAGGGUACUACGGGAUUCUUCGUGAUGGCUUCCACCCGGCCCGAAUACAACGAUAAAAUCAUCCAGAUGAAUGCGCUCGCACCGGUCGCUUUCAUGGGUAACAUGAAAAGUCCACUGUUACGGUUUAUGACCAAGUUCCUGAAAACGCUCGACAUUCUGCUGGCCCUGUUCGGUGUCGGCGAGUUCAUGCCCAACAAACCGAUUCUGCACGAGAUCGCCAAGCACAUCUGUCCGCCCGAUUCGAAGAUAAAUAUGUGUGCCCAUCUACUCUUCCUGUUGGCAGGAUACAAUCCCUCCCAGAUGGAUCCCUCGAUUCUACCCGUUCUGUUCGGUCAUACACCAGCCGGAUCGGCCACAAAGCAAUUGGUUCACUACGCUCAGGAGGUGCUGUCGAAACGGUUCGAGAUGUACGAUCAUGGCAAGCUAAAAAAUAUGCUCAUCUACGGAUCACCCACACCGCCAGAGUACGACCUUUCGUUGGUAACCGCCCCGGUGAUGAUGUACUACGGGAUGAACGAUUUUCUCGCAACUCCAGAAGAUGUGCACAGGCUUGAGGCGAAGUUGCCCAACCUGAAGAAAAGUGUACUAGUGGACGAUCAUUUGUUCACCCAUCUGGACUUUCUGAUAGCGAAUGAUGUUCGGCAUUUGCUGUAUGAACCGGUGAUGGAAGGAAUGGCAUCCGCUGAAGUGUUGGAUUAA